CUUCUCAGCAAACACCACGUCACUUUACCGACAGAGCACUUCUGGCUCCCCUAUCAGCCCAAAGGCACGCACCUCUGCUUCAUUACCCCUUGUCUCGGUCCCAACCUCGGCUCCUUUUGCGCAUUUUACGGACAUGUCACGGAUCUGGUCAAACAUGUGUGUUUCCAGCUUGUUCAGGCGUUGUAUUUUUUACACCAGAAGGGGCUGUGUCACGGCGACUUCAGGCCGGCCAACAUUCUCUUUUGCCUGACAGAGGAGGUAGAGAAAAUGGGGGAUGACGAACUGGUGGCGGCACUCGGAGGCGUGCAGAUAGCGAAGCUUUCUAGGAUUCCACCCGCCAACACCACGAAGAGAGACAUGAAAGAGAAGGAAUGGCCAAAAGAACUUCCUCGGUAUUUGAUCGGACAGGCGGACAUGAUCAAGUUAAUCCGUGGAGGAUGGUGUUCACCAAGCGUUGCCGUCAUCGACUUUGGCGUGUCAUAUCCUGUCACCGAGCCAACUGGCAAGGGAACGGGAAUCCCGCUGGGUUAUGCACCACCAGAGGAAGCAAUCACGGGCCGAAAUCAAGAGGGCAAAGAGGAAACAUUGGUCAAGCUAGGACCAAAGAGCGAUGUCUGGUCUCUCGGUGUCACGCUUGCUGAGCUCGCGUUGGACUACUUCCCCUUUGCGGACUCCAGCGACAAGUUGUAUGGGGUCAAGAACAUGGAGCUGGUCAUGGGUCCUAUUCCCGAGCCCUUUCGCUCGGAAUUCAGGACGUGGUACAAGGGAGUUUGGGGUCCAGAUGGGACUGCAUUACAGGAUGUCGACAUGGUGACUGAUCCGGAGACGGGCAAGUCAGUGUUAAGCCCAUUGUCGUUUUCGAUCAAGCGGUGGAAAGAGGAGAAGCAGUACGCCAAGGAGGAGUCGGGCUACGAGGAUCCGAUCAGGUCCAAAAUGUCGUUGGGACUGGAAACGCUGCACACAAAGCGCAGCGGGGCUGCUAUUGAAGCUCAGUGGGCGAGGGAUAAGACAAAGUUACCAAGUUAUACUUGGGGACAGACAGAGGAAGAGGAAGAGAUGGACGACGACCAGUUUCCUACGAAGAAAUUCGAUGACAUUGAGGUGUUUUCGGACUUGCUCCACAGUAUCUUCAAGUGGAUGCCGGAGGAUCGGGUGAGCACGGCCGAGAUCAUGGCUCAUCCGUGGUUCAAGGACCGUUACGCUCCCUCCUUGGACACGAAACAGGAAGACGUGGUGUCAAAACUCUCUCAAGGCACAAUUGGUAUCAUCAACGUCAUGGCCGGAAUCCCUUUCAAAGCCGGCAAUUUCCUCUUCCGCAUGUUCUCGCGAGUGUUCGGCAUUUUUUCGAACCCCCUUCGGUUCUUGUGGGGCGGUCGCUCUUGUACCAACAGGAGCAAUGAUCUUGAGGCUCAGUAAGGGACGUUGUUGAUGUGGUAUGGGCCAGUAGUCAGGAGUCUGGAGAGGAGCUGUUGGUUGGCAUGCAUGUAGCGAGGAGGAAUGCGCGGCCAUGGUGCCGCUGUGUAUAGGAACAACAAAAAC